AUGAUUCAACUGAAAAGCCCUGGUAUCAUUUCAAUUCUUUUUGUAUGUUUCAUAUUAUUCUUUAUCUUCUUCUCGACAGCUUUGGCUUCGGUAGGCGAUAAUAACGUUGAAUUCCAGAAAUGUGUUUCAGAAUGUUACAGCUCCAAAUGUUCUUUCAAUCCAACCUUACCUUUUACUUUACGAAUUUUUGUUUGGUCCUGUGAGGAUAACUGCAAAUAUGAAUGUAUGCAUCAAAUUACCACACGUUCAAAGAGUUUAUAUCAAGAAACAGUUCAAUAUUUUGGAAAAUGGCCAUUUUAUCGACUCUGGGGAAUGCAAGAACCUGCUAGUGUAUUAUUUAGUAUUUUGAAUGGUUAUAUGCAUUAUCGCUAUAUACCAAAAAUUAGACAAAUUCAAGAUUUCUAUUAUAUGAAAAAGUUUUAUAUAAUUUACGCUUAUAUUGGGUUAAAUAGUUGGGUAUGGUCCGCCAUAUAUCAUUCACGGGACUUUCCUACCACCGAGGAAUUGGAUUAUUUUUCUGCCGGUUUAACUAUUCUCUUUUGUUUAUUUAUUACAGUUCUACGCGUAUUUCAAAUACGUAAUAUAAAACACACAAUUUUAUGGUCAAUAAUUUGUUUAUCAGCCUUUACAGCACAUGUCUCGUAUUUACAUUUCUACAAGUUUGAUUAUGGAUAUAAUAUUAUUGCUAAUGUCUCCGUUGGAAUGUUAAAUAAUCUUAUAUGGAUUGGAUGGUCAAUAACACAUUGGCAUAAGAGACCGGAUGAUGCUUGGAAACCUAUUGUGACAAUUAUUUUACUUUUAAUGGCUAUGUCAUUGGAAAUAUUUGAUUUCCCUCCUUGGUGGGGAAUUUUUGACGCUCAUUCUUUGUGGCAUGCUAGUACUAUAUAUAUAAUUCCUUUUUGGUAUGAAUUUUUAUUAGAGGACUCGAGAAUCGAGAGUUUUCGCGAAAGUAAAGGGAAAAAAAUUGAUAAAUAA